ACGAUGUGCCACACCAAGACCUUGUGCAAACAAGUAGUUGUGAAAGGGGAACACGCUAGGAAUUCCCAACCCCACCCGAACAACCCGGUAGCAUCUUCUCACUGUUACGCGUAGAAACUCGUUGCGCGAGUUGUGCUAAUCACAUCCAGCCGAGACCCGGUACUUACCACACAGGCAAGAAAGAAAUCUCCGAGAGUAUGAUCCAGUUUUUGCCAGGGUUUUUGCCACACGUUAUUCAACCGGGAACGAAUCUUUAAUCUACUUUCUGUGAUGACGUAGCGUUCGACGAUAAGACCUCCGCAAGUUCCCCAGAUGAGGCUGUGCUGUUGCGGAAAUCUUUCCAAAUGCUGACCGAUGGCGUCCGUGUCUCGACCAGCCCUCGUCUGCUGGUGACAAAAAGGUGCCCCGUUACUAUAAUGAGGUGGGGAAGAUUUGUGUCGCUGGUGGUCGGUAGCACACGCCUGAAGAGCGAAGACCUGUCAAGAAACAACCGUAACAGCGGUCGCACGAUCGGUGCUGGUUGGGCGAAUGUGGAGCCGCGUCACCGGACCUUGGCGCUUGUUUUGGUACGUCCGUGAGCGUUGUGUUGUGCGCGGUUGUGCAGAGAACGCGAAAAGCGAAACCAGUUCCUCGCGAAGAAGACGCACUACAACACUGGGCAGCGAAGAUGGCUGAAGACAUGCCGCUCGCGCUCCCGCCCAUCCGUCCGACACGACCGAUGCAAAAUCAAUGUUCAAUGGCCCGGACUUUUUGUUGUUUUCAAUGUCGGGUGUCCGCGGGUCCGGUCGGGUAGGGAAAAACCAGUUCUAUUCCGAUCGGUUCGCGGAUGAUUUGGACAACGCCGUCGACUCGGGCGAUGUUGAUGUUGAUAUCGGGCAGCAGUGAUCAGUUCUGCGUGGUACCGUCUUCCGGACAGAGCGAAUUCUCUUCCUCGAGUCGUCGUCAUCGUAGUGCGACAUUGCAGACACGAACGAUGAUGUUACGCACGUUAGUUGUGAGUGCGUUGCUGAUACUAGCCAUCGCAAAUGAAGGAGCAAACGGUCAUCGUCGCUACGGACAGGCACAUAGCGGAGAUUAUGAUGAUGAUAAUGAAUACGGGCAACCACGGGGAUACGGUCAACAGCCAGGGGGAUACCGACAGCAGCCGGGAGGAUAUGGACAGCAACAGCAGCAGAUAUUCCCUCUAGGAGCCGGUUUUGGAUUUAACCCAUACUACGGCAUGCCACAGUAUGGGUACGGCAUGCAACCGUUUGGAGCCCAACAACCCAACCUGUUCGAGACAGUGUCGAAGAACACGGCUGCCGUGUUCGAUAGCGUUAACCAGCAGAUCGGGUUGACAUUCAAUGCCGUGGCACAGCCGAUCCGCAACGGGUUUCAAACCAUCAGUCAGCUCGGAGUACCGGGACCAAUCGGAGCGUUCGGUUUCAAGCCACCCGGCCAGCAGGCUGUAUUUACACCGCCUGGCCAUCAGCCUGGUUAUGGCUACCAAGGUAACCAUCAUCCCCAUGGCCAUCAUCAUGGUGGCAGACCGAAUGGGUUCCAAGGAAACAAUAAGCCGAAUGGCAAUUGGGAUAACGAAGGUCUAGAUUCACCCGAGGAUGAUUCGUAUGACCGGCCGGUACCAAUCGCUCCUGCCGUAACACCCGCUCCAGUUCCUCCAACACAGCCACCGCCACCACCACCAUCUCCACCAGCAGUAGAUCCUAAUCCUCCGCGUGUAAAUCCAGCACCAGCUCCACCGGUCGAUAACAGCUGGUCGUCCGGCAAUGUUCCACCAGUGGCACCUCCUCCACCACCACCACCAACCUCCGGUAACAACAAUCUUCCUCCCGUAGCACCUCCUCCACCACCACCACCACCGCCUCCUCCAACGUCUAGCAACAACAAUCUUCCUCCCGUAGCACCUCCACCACCGCCACCACCACCAGCAGGAGGACCCGUCCCAUCUGAAACCGAUGAAGAUGAUAAGACCAUAUACGAUAUUGAUAUUCGUGGUGAGUUCAACGACACCAAAACACGCCGAAAGCGUCAGUUCUUCCCGAACCUGUUCAACCAAAUCGGAGGUCUGGUAAACACCGCCGUCAACUCGGCCGGUACAGUGGCCCAGGGUGCGUUGAACGCCGGUCAGCAGCAAGGAAUUGGCUUCCCGAACUUCUUCGGCCAGGCAAGACCUCCACGGCCUACUCAGCAACCUCCAUCGCAACUGUUCCCCCAGCAACCGGCACAGCCGCAAGCUCCGAAUAAUACUCCAGCGCCACCACCGCCACCACCACCCCAACAACCCCCCGUCCAGCAGGACAAUAGAAGACCUGAACUAAACCUGCAAAACCUUGGCCAGGAUGGAAUGAUCUGGACGUACGAAUCGCUCGGUGUGACACCGCCGCCCCCAGGACGCGUACGCCGCGAUACGGAUGCGAUCUACUUCCCGGACGACGAGGAUGACGAUCGAUUCUCGAACUAUAACAAGCAACCGGUACCGCCACCACCAUCCCCACCGCGUCCCUCGCCAGCUGGCUUUCCUUCCACCGGUUCCAAUGCCGGUGCGCAAAGUCAAUCUCAAAACGUGGCGAACGGUUUCGAGCAGAGCAGUGGAUCCCAGAGCCAGUCUCAAACGGUGCAAAAUCAGCACGGUACCUUCAACCAGAAUGCGGCCGGCAGUACCUCGGGCAAUGUGGCGGUGGAUGGAUCAUCCGGUCAGCUGAGUGCCGCCAACACGCAGCAGCAAAGCUUCCAGACGGCGCACGGUUCCGGCAGCCAGAACCAAGCCAACAGCCAGUCGGCCAACUUCGACAAGAACGGUAACCUGCAGCUCUCCAACUCGAACGCCAACACGAUGUCGAUCCGGGAGAAGGAUAAGUACAAGGAGCAAGCGAACGCCGGUUCAACCUCGGUCGUGCAGAACCAAUUCGGCCAACAGUCGAGCAAUGCGCAAACGAACUCGGAAACGUUCUUCGAGAACGGUGUGCAGGGCAACAAGAACAGUGCGUCCAGCCAGAGCUUGCAAACGAACAAGGACGGUUCGGUGACGGGCUCGAACAGCAACACCAUGUCCAACACGUUUACCGGUCCCGGUGGUUUGACCGGUUCUUCCUCCUCCAGCCAAUCGUCCUCGUUCAACAAAGGACAGCAGGGUGGAGCUAAUGCGGGUGCAUUUAGCGGCGCCACCAGUGGAGCAUCUUCCAGUGGAGCUUCGUCUAGCAGUAGCUCGUCGGCCAGUUCUUCUGCAGCCGGCCCGCUAGCGUUCAGCAUAAGUGGUUCGUUCGCAGGACUUCCCCUCGGACAGGGAGCGUUAGGGAACUUUUUGCCCAACCUUUUCACGAACCUAAAUGGACAGCAGCCGGUGAGGCAGUGAGGUGAGGUGCCUUAUGACCUUAUGGGCAACGCAGUGCGCUAGUGAGUAAGGGAACUGAGAAGGUCGCUAAUUUAACAAGCAAAACGUACGUCAAAUUGUAUUUACUAAUAAUAGUCUCGCAGCACGGGACUGCAACAGAACAGGAAAAGUUUUGACCGUGA